CCUAGCUUCCGCCCCUCCCUUCCUCUCACCCUCCCCUCCACAGACGCGGGACACGCCUCGAUCCGAUCCACCAUGGACCGGCAGAGAAAACGGGAGCUCCGCGAGCUCAACUUCCGAGCUUGGGCUGGUGAGCAGAAUGUAUUCGCCGUACAGAAAUCUCUCGACUCGUCCAUGAAAAAGAAUACCGCCUUCAUCAAACGCCUUCGUACUGCUGUACAAGCCUCGGGCCAAUCUCAGUUUAUUCAGGACGUCCAAACCCUGUCCCUCCACAAAUACCUCUCCGAAAUCAUCACCGCAUGCUACGAAGGUCUGUGCAAACUCAAGACCCCCGCCGACAUCUCCGCCGGCGCCGAGAUAGUCAGCGCACUGCACCAACGUUUUGGCCCCGCCGAAUUCACAAACUAUUUGGGCUGGUAUAUUGGUCGCGGGUUGAGCACACCAGACAAAUCGCAGCUUAAGACCCUGGCGCAGGAUGUCCGAGAGAGGGAAGAAAAGGAGCGUCUCGCUCGCCAGCGCAUUUUGUUGCGGGUAGCGACCGAGCUAUGGCUUGUAGGCGUGUUGAGGAGCUUAGAUGAUGUGUCUAGGCCCGAGGACGCCGUCAAAACCAAGGACAGCUCCAAACUUGUGGAAGGCACGAGCAAGUCUAGGGCUACCCCUAAUGGAGGUGCAGAUGCGGAGCCUUUCCCACUCGAGGUUCUGAAAGACAUGCUUGGUCACGAUCGCGAACACAUCAAUCUCCCACUUCUAGUCAUCUUUGUCAAGGCCUUCUCAUGGGAUAUUCUAGGAGCAAAGCCCCCAUCAGCCGAAGGCCGCAAGACGGUCAACGAGGAUGGUAGCACGACCGCGGAGAAGAACGACGAUUCCAUGUCUGCCGACGACGACGAAUCUGGCAUCAAAGACCCCCCGAUCAUCGCGCCGGACAUGCAACAACGUUUUCGAAACAUCCUGUCACGCUAUUUCGAGGAUGUAAAAGCACAUCUGCUCCGAGAUCAGAAACAUUUGGCCGCACAGAGUCGCAAGAACGCCGAAGCAUAUGUCAAAUCUGGUGAGGUGUUUGAAGACCGCCAGGCCAAUUACGAAAAACAGACCAAAGCCCAGGAGAGACUCGCUGCGAACGCUCAAGUACUUGCGGAUGCUUUGAACCUGGAAAUGCCGGAUCUGAAAGAGAAGGACACGUCUGCGCACGCUGGUGAUGGGCUGAUUGGGCUUGUCAAAACCGGCGAGUAUCUACGUGGACAAGGCGAAGGUCCUGGCAUUUGGGAAGACGAGGACGAGCGUCGUUUCUACGAAAAUCUCAUCGACCUGAAAGAUCGUGUUCCCGGUAUUCUGUUGGAAGAGCCAAAGAAGAAAAAGGCGGAUGAUGAACAGGUAGGCAAAAAGAUUGAAGCGAAAGCGGAGGUGGAAGAAAAGGAAAAGCCCGAGGCCACCAACGAAGCGGAGGAUCAGUCCACUGCUAUUGCGAACAAGUCUGUGGGCGCUCAAGUGGAUGCCGUUCUUGCCCGUCUCCCUGAACUCAAUUCCAAGGACGCCGUGGACCAAACUGCUAUUGAUUUCUGCUUUCUGAACUCCAAGGCUUCCCGCAAUCGUUUGAUCAAGGCUUUGCAGGAUAUCCCAAAAGGACGAAGCGAUCUACUCUCCCUUUAUUCCAGAUUGAUUGCGACACUCGGCAAGUAUAUGCCAGACGUAUCCCAAGGGCUUGUAUCCUAUCUCGACGAUGAGUUUCGAAGCCUGCAACGCCGCAAGUCCAAGGAUUUCCUCGGUCAAGUUCGAACUCAGAAUGUGCGCUAUCUUGCAGAGUUGACAAAGUUUGGUGCUGUGCCCGAGCAUGUCAUUUUCCAUUGUUUGAAAGUCAGUCUGGACGAGUUCUCACGGGUCAACAUCGAGAUCAUCUGCAAUCUGCUUGAAAACUGCGGUCGGUAUCUACUUCGAAAUCCCGAUACCUCGCCACGGAUGACAUCUUUUCUGGAAACCCUCCAGCGCAAAAAAGGCGCGCAGGUCAUAGGCCAGCAAGAGCGCAUGCUCAUUGAAAAUGCCAUGUACUACGUCAACCCUCCAGAGCGAGCGGCCAUCGAGCAAAAGGAACGAACGCCGACUGAACUUUUCCUUCGCAAGAUCAUGUACCAGGAUCUGAGUCGGAGAUCUGUCGACAAGACCGUGCGAUUUAUUCGGAAGAUGCAUUGGGAAGAGCGUGAAGUCGUCAACCUCCUUCACAAGAUAUUUUCCAAGCCAGGAAAGAUCAAAUACAGCAACGUGCAUUUGCUGGCCAUCAUCCUGGGGACAAUCCAUCGCUACCAUCAGGAUUUUGCCAUAUCUGUCAUUGACGAUCUUCUCGAGUCGAUUGGUUUUGGUCUUGAGUUGAAUGACUUCAAGUUCAACCAGCGCAGGAUCGCAGAGAUCAAGUAUCUCGGAGAGCUGUACAUCUAUCGCUUGAUCGACUCCCCUCUUAUCUUUGACACACUGUACAAACUUGUCAAUUACGGAUGGGGAGGUGGCUACGCUCGGCCAGGUGUCGUCAACCCACUGGACCUUCCGGACGACUUCUUCCGCGUUCGUCUUGUAUGCAACCUGCUGGAGACUUGCGGCAUGUAUUACGAUAAAGGCGCUGCGAAAAAGAAGCUCGACUUCUUCCUCAGCUAUUUCCAGUACUAUCUUUGCACCAAGGACCCUCUUCCUCUAGAUGUGGAGUUCCUGGUCCAGGAUGCUUACAACCUUACUAGACCGCAAUGGAAGCUUAUUACUAACCUGGAGGAAGCCUCUCAUGCGUUUGCCGAAGCUGUGAAAGACAAUUACCAAAUGUCGGCAAUCGGCAAGCAGGCUGAGCCAGAUGAGGAUGACUUGUCUGCCUCGGACGAUGACGCUGAUGGACCAAACGACGAAGACAUUGUUCUGUCGGAUGGCGAAGACGAGAAAUCCUCAGGCGAAGACGGAGAGGACACUGGUGACGACGAACCUAUCAAGCAGGCUUCAUCAGAUGAUGAAGAGGAGCAGAUCAUCGUCACGCGCCAAGAAGACGAACGCGACCCUGAAGCCGAAGCUGAGUUUGAUCGUGAACUCGCUAAACUCAUGUCAGAGAGCGUCGAGUCUCGCAAGUUCGAGCGCAAGCCCGUAUUUGAUGUUCCGCUUCCAAUGCGCCGGGCUAAGGAACCUGCAGCAGCCACUGAAGACAGCAGCAGUGAACCCGCGCCUCAAGCUCCGACACACAACACAGUCAAGUUCUCAUUGCUGAGUAAGAAAGGGAACAAAACACAGACCCGUUCCAUUGACCUCCCUUCGGAUUCCACCUUUGCUGUUGCCAUGCGUAACAAGCAACAGGCCGAGAAAGAGGAGCAGCAGCGGAUCAAGAACCUCGUAUUGAACUACGAUCUCCGCGAUGACGAUUCCGAGGGUCUUGAAAAGACACACAACCCAUACGCGCAGCCGCGCCUUGAUAAGGCGGGUAACAACCGCAGCAAUCAGCGGGCCCGCAAACUGCAGCUCAGCGACGUCAACUGGUAUGAUAAAUCCUCCUAG